GCCGUUCCAUGGAUUGAUAUCACGGCCAAUUCCGUCACACUGCUCGCUUCCUUUUUUAUUCCGCCUCUUGUUCACCGUAGCCUUCCUGUUCGUUUCUUCCUUGGUUUCCUGCCUUCCCUUCCGAUCGCAACAUGACGAAAGAACGAAACGGUGAGCCAGUCGGCGACAGGCGUAAACAGCAGCAGAAGAGGAACAUGAAGAAGAGGAUGCGGAUGGGGUGCGGCUCGAUGGUGGGUUCGGAGCGCUGCGUCUCCUGCACCACCUUCAACAUUCUGGCGCCGAUCUACAAACGGCUCAGCGAGGGGGUGAGCAGCCCAUUCUUCGGCUUCGGAUCGUGGGAGAGUCAGUGCAGGGUGUAUUGGUUGAGCCGGAACGAGAGGAUCAUCGACAGGCUCUUGGGCGAUCGUUCCUCCAUAAUCUGUCUCCAGGAGGUCUGGCUAGGGAAUGAUGAGCUCGUUGAUAUGUAUGAGAAGAGGCUAGGCGAUGCGGGUUAUGUCUCUUUCAAGCUCGCUCGGACGAACAACCGUGGCGAUGGUCUCCUCACCGCUGUUCAUGGGGACUACUUCAAGAUUCUAAACCAUCAGAAAUUGCUCUUUAAUGACUUUGGAGAUCGUGUUGCCCAGCUCUUACAUGUUGAAUCGGUUGUUCCUUUUUGGCAUGGGCAAAAAAGCAGUGUCCAGCAACAAGUCCUCAUUGUGAAUACCCAUUUAUUGUUUCCUCAUGAUUCUAGCUUGUGUAUAGUUCGUUUGCAACAGGUAUAUAAGAUACUUCAACAUAUAGAAACAUAUCAGAAAGAGCACAAUCUUGAUUCUGUGCCUAUCAUACUCUGUGGUGAUUGGAAUGGAAGUAAGCGUGGGCAUGUUUACAAGUUUCUUAGAUCCCAAGGGUUUGUAUCAUCAUAUGAUACCGCUCAUCAGUACAGUGAUGUCGAUGCCCACAAGUGGGUAAGCCACCGAAAUCACCGUGGGAACAUAUGCGGAGUUGAUUUUAUAUGGCUUCUAAAUCCAAAUAAAUACAGGAAACCCUUGAGAACUAGCUGGAAUGAAGCUGUUUUUGGCAUUAUCAAGUAUCUUCUGCGAGCAGCUUCUCUUGCAGAGGAUAAUGCAUUUGCAUUCCUUAAGGUGGACAGUCCUGGUGAUUACAUUACCUACUCUGGUUUCUGUCAAGCACUCCAUCAGCUAGGUGUAGCUGGCCAUCCUCAUGGUCUUAGCCCUGACGAUACCAAGGAUUUAUGGAUUCAGGCUGACACUGACAGGAAUGGUGCUGUGGACUAUGAGGAAUUCCAGCAGCGAAUUUGGAGUCCCAAGUGUCGGGAACCUUUAGAGGAGCAAAUAGCUGUGGAAACAAGAGGAACACAAGCAAGAGAAGGGGGACAGCUGGCCUUUGGUUUUAACGUGAAGGAUGCGGUCCUCUUCCCGCCGGAGGUCGAGCAGGGGACAUGGCCAGAGAAUUACUCUCUUUCCGACCAUGCACCAUUGACUGUUGUAUUUUCACCUGUAAGGAUUCCUUGUGGUCAACCAGUUUGCUAAGUAAGCACUGAUCUAAGGUGCAAUGUAGGUCCAAAUGCACUGCCUGUUCAAUGUAAAGCUUGCAGAGAUGAGAGUAGGAUACUUGAUCUUAUGUACUUGUAGCUAAAAUGAGUAUGCGAAACAGUAGAGCUUUUGGAUAGUCUUCUGAGAGAGAUGUUUUUGUUCUCUGUCAAAAAGAAACCAUUUUUAAUGUCAUAAUAUGGAAUAAUACUCUAUGAUUCUUUGCCUUCCCUACCGGCUAG